UAAAAUAACACAAACAAGAUCCCAGAGUAGAAAGCUUAGAAAUUGACUAUCGAAAGAAAGUUGUUUUUGCAAUUGCAAUUUUGCAGAAAAUCGCGGAAGUAAAAAUAAUACAUAAAAACGAAAAAUUAUGUGAUAGUAAAAUUCAUUGCAAACCUAUUUUGUUGUAAUUUGUGUGUGUGUGGAUUACGUUAUCACCAUAAACAAAAUCAAUUAUACAAUUAUCGAUUACAAAUUGAUUAAAAAUAAAAUUAACUUUCACCUUAUUACGAAGUCGUCUACUACAAAGAAGAAAUACAAACAAUAAAUGUGGCCCAAAUAGUAAAGAAAUGCAGCCAAAAACAACGUAUUGACCAACAACAAAUUUAGAAGGGAAAAUAAAUCUAAAUUAAUUUUGUAUUUUUGCACAACGCAAAAUUGUUAGUAGUAACAAAUUGACAAAACGAACAUCUUCACAACAUACCAACCUUUCUGGGAUAGCAGUGACUGAAAAUAAUAAAUAUCUGGGUUGCGGUGGGGGGUCCGGGUAAGAUUGGAAAUUGGCGACCAGACAUAUUGAUGUAAAAUUAAACACAUCGUGGCAGAGCAGCGAUAGUGUGGGUGUAUCGAGUUGUGGUUAUUACAUUUACGUUGCCAUCUUUACGUUUAUACAAGUGAUAAGUGGUGCAAGAAGAACAAGGGACCAACUAUCAAAAGUUUUAUUUUCCUGUAUUCAGAAACCAAAUUGGUAUUUUCCUAUAUUCAGAUACCAGAGAGGGAAAACAGUUUUAUUUAUCAUCAUCCUUUGUCUACUACUCCUGUUUCGUCGGCUGUGAGUUUAUGGCCAAUCCAGCUCCUUUAAUGAGUUUUGUGGAAUUCGUCAAAUCCGAAGCUGAAGUUGGUGGUAGCGGCAAAUACUCCAACAGUUCUUCAUUCCCCGUACCACCAUUACAACAUAAAAUUACCAAAUUGAGUUAUGACUUACACGAAGAAAUUCGCAAAUGUACCGAAAAUUCCACAAUUUCAAAACGUCUCCGCGAAGAACUGGAAAGCUACAAUCGCGAGACGAGACGUGAAAUUGUGCGACGCAUGAGAGGUGGUUGUGCUCCCUUAUUUAUCGCCUGCAGCCGUGGUUGUGUACCAAUUGCUGAAUAUCUAGUCACCAUCUGUGAAGCCGAUAUAGAGCAAAAAGGUAUUUUCGAAGCCCCCGAGGAUCGUUCAUAUCACAUAGCAACACCGCUCUGGUGUGCCGCUGUUUCGAAUAAUUUACCCAUGGUAAAAUAUUUGCUUAGAAUCGGCAGUGAUAUAAAUGCAGCUUCCGAUACUGGAUCAACGCCGGUUCGAAGUGCCUGCUAUAUGACACACAUGGAAAUGGUUAAGUUUUUAGUCGAAAAUGGUGCCGAUAUCAAACGUCCAAAUAUCAACGGUGGAACUUGUUUAAUAAACUCAGUUCAAUCACCAGAAUUGUGCUUAUAUCUAAUACGUAAGGGAUGUGACGUAAACGCUGUCGAUAUACAAGGAAAGACAGCUUUACACUAUGCCAUACAAGAACACAGACUGGAAACAACCAAACUUUUACUAGAACAUGGUGCCAAUCCUAAUGCUGUCAGCCGACAUGGUGAUGAUGCCCUGCGAACAGCUUGUUUAAAGGGAGCACAUCAAAUCUUUGACUAUUUACGAAACAACUUGGAAUAUCCCUUGGAGAGGUUAGCUGAAGCUCAUGAGUUAAUAGGCUCAACAUUUUUGGAUGAACACAAUGAAAGUCGUGUGGCCAUACUACAUUGGCGUCUGGCACACCAUUUAAGGGCUUCACGAACACCAUAUAUAGAAAAACUUCCAAAAGUUCCUUUACGAGAAGCCUAUUGCAAUGCAGUGGAAUUUCGUACUCUCGAAGAACUCGAUAACAUUUCCACCGAUAUGGAUGCAAUGCGUAUACAAAGUUUGCUCAUCUGUGAACGUAUAUUAGGUAUAUCCCAUAAAGAUACCCUCUUCCGAUUAACAUUUCGUGGUGCUUCAUAUGCUGAUUCCCUGCAAUUACAAAGAUGCAUCCAACUGUGGACGUUAUUGCUGGAAGUACGAGUUCAACAUAAUACAUUAUUGCAUUUCGAUACAUGUUUUGCCGCACAGGCGUUAGUAAGACUUAUGCUGGAAUUACAUGAACGCAAUACUGAUCUGAGUGAAAGUAAUUCUGGUAAUGUAAAAUUGCCAUAUUUCAAAGAUGUUUUGGCAGUUUUUAAACUACUCACAGAGACUGUGGCCGAAUGUCAUGCCCUAUUGCAGAUACGUCCGAUCUCAAGGCGUCAACAGGAGAAUUUCGAUAGUAUUUUUAAGUGUAUAGCCCACGCCAUAUAUUUGUUACUUGCCACAGCUACUACAGUCGAAGAAACCCGCCUUGUAUAUUUAUCGGUGCGGAAAUUGGUGCAAGCCAACAUAACAAGUGCAUGUACCAAUGAUUCACUGUUGCACUUGUGUGUUUCCCGUUUGAAUGUUAUCAAAAGCGGGCUACUUAAUGAUGAAAAUCUUAAUGUAAUUUUUCCAAAUGCAUCUGUUAUUAAGCUGUUACUGAACUGUGGCAUGAAUGUCAAUGCGAAAAAUGAAGUAAAAUCUACUGCAUUGCACAUUGCCGCCCAACCAUAUAAUUUCAGCAAUGAGAUAAUUACAAUUCUUCUCAAUCAUGGUGCAGAUCUCGAUCAACCAAAUAAAUCGGAUGAACGUCCGUAUAAUUUGAUUUCAUUAAAUGCAGCAAAUACUAUACCGCUUAUGAAUCACAUUAAUCUGAAAUGCUUGGCUGCCACAAUAAUUAGUAAAUAUCGUAUACCGUAUCGUAACCAAAUACCUAAAUGUUUAGAAAAUUUUGUCAAAGACCAUGAACCUUGAGAACGUCAUCAUCACUACGAAGUAUUCAAAUAAACUAUUUUUAUCCUAAAUGUGGCAAA